UGCCUAGGGCCCGCCCUCAAUUCUCUUCCCCUCCCCUCAAAGCUCCUCCCCAGCCUCGGAAGCCCGGUCCUCGCAGCUCCAUCCCCUCACCCUAUCCUAGUUCCCUGACGCGCCCAGGUGUUUACCUGGCACUUAGGUGAGUCGUGUGUGGUGGCAAUUUCAGUCUAAGCCUCCCGCCUCUUCUCUCGGCGCGUUCCUUAAGCCCCGAAGGCACGGAGGGACCCCAGACCAAAGGCGGUGGGCUCCCGAGCCCGGAUCCCGCCUCGCUGCUGCUGCCCUCGCCCCCCGCUCACACCCCCGAAGGCAGUGCCGAAGUCGUCCCGGGUCGCGGCGACAUGCCGGAGCUGGUGGUGACAGCGCUGCUGGCGCCUUCGCGCGUCACUCUGAAGCUGCUGCGCGCCUUAAUGUGGAGCCUCGUGUUCUCCGCAGCGCUGGUGGCCGCCGCCGUCUAUGGCUGCGUCGCGCUCACCCACGUGCUGUGCCGGCCCCGGCGCGGUUGCUGCGGGCGCCCCCGGCGCACCCCACCCGCCUGCUUGAGCGACCCCACCCUGGGCGAGCACUGCUUCCUGACCCUCAAGAGCUCGGGCCUGCGCCUCCACUAUGUCUCCGCUGGACGAGGCAACGGGCCCCUCAUGCUGUUUCUGCACGGCUUCCCGGAGAACUGGUUCUCCUGGCGCUACCAGCUUUGGGAGUUCCAGAGCCGGUUCCACGUGGUGGCCGUGGACCUGCGGGGAUACGGCUCCUCAGAUGCACCUCGGGAUGUUGACUGUUACACCAUCGACCUGCUGAUGGCAGAUAUCCAGGACGUCAUUCUGGGCCUGGGUUACUCCAAGUGCAUCCUGGUGGCCCAUGACUGGGGCGCAGUCCUUGCCUGGAACUUCUCCAUCUACUACCCAUCCCUGGUGGCACGAAUGGUAGUUGUCAGCGGUGCCCCCAUGUCUGUGUACCAAGACUACUCUAUACGCCACAUCAGCCAGUUCUUCCGUUCCAACUACAUGUUCCUGUUCCAGCUUCCAUGGCUGCCUGAGAAGUUACUGUCCAUGUCUGACUUCCAGAUCCUGAAGACCGUCCUCACACACCGCAAAUCAGGCAUCUCACACUUAACCCCCAGCGAGCUCGAGGCCUUCCUUUACGACUUCUCACAGCCCGGUGGCCUCACUGGGUCCCUCAACUAUUACCGAAACCUCUUCAGGAACGUCCCCCUGGAGCCCCAGGAACUGACCGUGCCCACGCUGCUGCUGUGGGGAGAGAAGGACCCCUACUUAGAGCAGGGGCUGGUGGGAGCCAUCGCCAGUCGCUUUGUGCCCGGCCGGCUGGAGGCCCACAUCCUGCCGGGCGUGGGGCACUGGAUCCCGCAGAGCAACCCCGAGGAGAUGCACCAGUACAUGUGGGCCUUCUUGCAAGACCUGCUGGACUAGCGGCCCUCCCUCCCUGGCCUGCGUGUGCCUGGGAAACUCCUGGACGGCACACAGGCAUGGAAGUCCGAGACCGCGUGAGAGUGUGUCUGUGCAGGCCCUCAGCCACACCAAGCUGCAUGCUCACACACCAGUGUGAGUGUGUUGUGCACGUAAACAAGCACUUCAGCCCUGGGGAACCGGGGACUCUUCUCCUCUGCAGAGCUGGGUGCAGUGUCCUACCUCUCCCCUUCCGGGGGCCUCCCCCUUCCUGCCAAGGUUGGCCCCCGCAGCUGCACAAACCACAGACUCUGACCUUCCCCUCCAUGGCUUUUCAUCUCCAGUGUGAGUCUUCAGCUAAAAGCUGUUCAGUCCAAUAAGAGUCCUGGCAGCCAUAUCUAGCUGCCUCAGUUUAAAUGCAAAUGAAUUAAAAUAUGGUCCAUUAAAACUCCA